AUGGACGUCCAGGGCAAGCCCGGGCACAGCGUCGCGGUCAUCGGCGACGGCGCCAUCACCGGCGGCAUGGCGUGGGAGGCGAUGAACCACGCGGGUGGCAUGGGCUCCAAGGUGGUUGUGAUCCUCAACGACAAUGGCCAGGUGUCCCUGCCCACCUUUUACAACGCGGUCAAGAACCCCGUAGGCGCGCUGUCCCAGACGCUUGGCAAUACGAGCGAACCGGAGAGCCAGAGGGGCCUCAGCAUCCAGAACGACUUCGCGAAGAUCGAGACCUCGGAAGGAUUCCAGAACGCCAGGAACUUCGCGAAGGCGGCGUCGAGGUCGCUGCUGCCGGAGCAGCUGCAGACCGCAGCCGCCAAGGUCGACGAGUACGCCCGCGAUUUCGUCAAGACGGUACCCUUCAAGGGCAGCGGCGCCGGCGGCAAGGGUGAGCUGUUCGAGCAGCUCGGCUUCUACUACGUCGGACCCAUCGACGGCCACAACAUGGAGACCUUGACCCAGGUGCUGAAGAACAUCAAGAAGGACCACGAGGAUGGUACCAUCAACAAGCCGGUUCUCCUGCACAUCAAGACGCAGAAGGGCAAGGGCUACGAGCCCGCCCAGCGCGCGACCGACAAGCUGCACGCGGUCAAGCCGAAGUUCAACCUCCCGAAGGUCGCGACUCCGUCGGACAAGAUCAAGGUGGCCAAGGACCCGCUGACCAAGGUGCAGGACCCCCGCCGCGGGCGGCCGAGGUCGACGACAAGAUCGUGGCCAUCACGGCCGCGAUGCCCGGCGGCACCGGCAUCGGCAUCUUCGAGAAGCGCUUCGGGCCUGGGCGCACCUUCGACGUGGGCAUCGCGGAGCAGCACGCCGCCACGUUCGCCGCCGGCCUGGCCGCCGGAGGGCUCAAGCCGUUCUGCUCCAUCUACUCCACGUUCAUGCAGCGCGCCUACGACCAGGUGGCCCACGACAUCUGCCUGCAGAAGCUGCCCGUGCGCAUGA